CGGUUAGAAAUGGAUCUAAAAGAUAUUAAAAAUUUUGAGUACUCACAGUUUAGUGAACCUCAAAGGAUUGGACAAGGAGGAUUUGCAGUGGUAUACUCGACUGUUCUUCAAGGAGAAAAGUAUGCACUCAAAAGUUUAAAUAACAACUUGGUGUUGGACGACAAAGCAAUAAAACAAAUCAGGCGGGAGCUUAAAUUUCUACAUAUGACUAACCAUCCUAAUGUUAUCAAAUUAUACGGAACUUCAAGAGUAAUUUGGAAGAUUUUAAAGAACGAAAAAGAAAAAAAAAUUGAAAAUACACCCUUAGGUUAUGUCGAGCUCUAUGAAAAAUGUCAGUCUUCUUCAAACCAGCGUCCGACAUUGGAUGAAAUUUCGAAAAAACUUGAUCUAUUAGAAGAAACAACCGUUGAAUUUAUUACCAAUAAUAUUAAUAUUGCUAUGGAAGGUUUAUUAGAGGAAACAACUGAUAAAUUUAUUACAAAUCAUAUUACUACGGAAGAUCUAUUAAAAGAAACAAACAUUGAAUCUAUUACAAAUAAAAUUGCUACGGAAGAUCUAUUGGAAGAAACAACCGAUGAAUUUAUUACAAAUAAUAUUUUUACGAAAGAUCUAUUAGAAGAAACAACUGCUGAAUUUAUUACAAAUAAUAUUGUUACGGAUUGUCAACAAAUUACACAGCCUAAUAAUGCAAUUGAAGACAAAAAUACGGAUAAGCAUCUUGAAGGUGAUAAAGAUGAAUCUAACGAUAAUAUUCGCCUAAAAGAAAUUUUGGGUCGUUCAUUGGUACCUCGACUGAAGUUAGCAUCCGAGUUAGCACUUGUGUCACAACUGGC